CGGAGCCAUGUUUUGUGAGAAAUGUCUUACCUGAGGACUGUUGAGGAUAACUCCACGUUACUCGACUUUAAAGAAGCCCAAGAUCUUGAGCCUAGGCACGCUUCAAGUGCGCUUUAACAAAUUUGCUUGCCACAACUGAUUGGUUGCAAGCAUGGUAUUCAUGACUGAUCAUUUGCCACUUUAGUGGCAACGAACUCCUUCAGUAUGCAUGAUAUAUUGGAGCCAUGUUUUAUGAUAAUUUUUGUUACAUGAGGAACUGUUGAGGAUAACCCCACGUGAUAAUUUGAUGAUUAUAACUAGUAAUGUUGAUUGUGGAUGGUAGGUUGCAUUGUAUUUGCUUCACUAUGUUUGUACUUCAGCUAAACUCUUAGUAAACCCUGCGCUUUCUUAAGUUCUAGUGCAUCAAUCAUGGUGGUAAUGGUGCCAACAGUAAGAUCUGUCAUCAAGCCUGUUUGUUUUAUUUUAUUAGAAUCAUCGACUUUUGAUCUUUAAUUAUGUGUUAUUGUAUUUUCUAUCAUCUAUUGGAGGCUGUAGGAAGUUACCAAUGUUCAUUUGUAGUUUUAUGCUAUUGUGCAUGAAUUUCUAGUUCAGUUCUAUAGGCUUAGAAUCCAUUUCUGUCUGCAUAUAUAAUUCGUGAGUUAAUCAAUACUAAAUAAUUCUCUUAACCAUUCUGCUUUUCCUCUUCUCACUCAUUUUUGUUAGCACAUAUAUUAAGUUAUCCUGUAAACUAGAGGGAAACAGUCUUCAUCUUUGAAAAAUUGGUUGAAAGAGUUAAGAGACAUCAACAAUGUUGUUUUGUAUUGAUUGUUGUGUAUAUCCUCUUCUUUCUUACUCAGUUUUGUUAGUACACAUACAGUGCAGAUAGCAGAUGUCACUUUAAUGCAUCCUGUGUUCUAGGGGGGGUUCCAGCUUCAUUCUUUGAAAAAUUGGUAUACGGAGCAGAAGACGCCAAUGACUGCUUUGUUGUCCAGUGAUCCUAUGCAAUUUGGAAUGUACGAAGGUGGUCCAUAUAGGAAUUCUGAUGAUAAGCAGGAAGAAAAUGGUGGCAGGUGGUACUUUUCACGGAAAGAAAUUGAAGAAAACUCCCCAUCUAGACCAGACGGCAUAGAUUUGAAGAAGGAGACUUAUCUACGCAAAUCAUAUUGCACAUUCUUGCAAGACUUGGGUAUGAGGCUCAAAGUGCCCCAGGUAACCAUUGCUACGGCUAUAAUCUUUUGUCACCGUUUCUUCCUCCGUCAAUCACAUGCAAAGAAUGACAGGAGGACAGUUGCAACUGUCUGCAUGUUUCUUGCAGGCAAGGUUGAAGAAACUCCUCGUCCUUUAAAAGAUGUUAUCCUUGUUUCCUAUGAAAUCAAUAACAAAAAGGAUCCUGAGGCAAUACAAAGAAUCAAGCAGAAGGAUGUGUAUGAACAACAAAAGGAAUUAAUAUUACUUGGAGAACGGGUUGUUCUUGCAACUCUUGGUUUCGAUUUUAAUGUGCAUCAUCCAUAUAAACCACUAGUCGAGGCAAUAAAGAAGUUCAAGGUUGCCCAAAAUGCCCUUGCUCAAGUUGCAUGGAAUUUUGUUAACGAUGGGCUUCGGACAUCUCUGUGCUUGCAAUUUAAGCCCCAUCACAUCGCAGCAGGGGCAAUUUUUCUUGCCGCCAAGUUCCUCAAAGUAAAGCUGCCAUCAGAUGGUGAGAAAGUUUGGUGGCAGGAGUUCGAUGUCACCCCACGCCAAUUGGAGGAAGUCAGUAACCAAAUGUUGGAACUUUAUGAACAAAAUAGGGUGGCACCUUCUCAAACUAGUGAAGUUGUUGAUGGGAGCAUUGGAGGCGGCGUUACUCAGAAAGCUCCCACGAGAGCUCUUGCUGUUGACGAAGAACAUGCUACAAACAACAAUAAUUCCCAAGUUGGUGCCGCAACUUCCAGGCCGGGUACCUCAAAUCCCGCAUCGAGACCCCUUCCUGAUCAAUCAUAUCCAGAUAAUCACAGCGGCCCACCAAGAGCGUCCCAAAACAGAAGUAACGAUUAUGGAAACACAGAAAUGAAGGGAGAUGUUGAAGUCAAUGAAAGUCAACAGCAUUAUGGGCCCGAGGAUAGGGAAAUGGAGACGAAUACAUAUUACGGUUCUGAAGGACAUGGUGAGGAAACACGAGAAAGGGGUGGUGGCAGGAAUGAAACUAGGGAACCAGAAGCGAAGGAGAAAUAUCAGGGGAGGAAUCUGGAUUACAAAGGGCAAUCACCUCAGGAUGCAAUAAAAAAGAUCGAUAAAGAUAAAGUUAAGGCGGCUCUGGAGAAACGAAGGAAGACCCGUGGUGGUGAUGUGACUCGGAGAACGGAUUUCAUGGAUGAAGACGAUCUAAUCGAAAGGGAGCUAGAAGAUGGUAUAGAGUUGGCUGCUGAAUCAGAAAAAAACAAACAAGAAAGAAAACAUAAUUGGUCUAAACCUGCAAAUCAGGUGGACGAUGAGGCUGAAGAUGGGCAAUACCACUCUUCAACAAAAGGGCAGUCGUCACGCAGCCAAGAUUUCGAUCCCGUGGAAGAAGGGGAGGUGGGAAUGUUCGAUGAAUAUAGGUCACCGAAGUCUAAUAAUCGGAAACGGAAGGCUGGUGCGAGCCCCCGGAGGAGAAACUAGAAGCCAAUCUCAAUUAUUCUUGAAAUCUUGCUGAAUCCUAUAUAAUGUUUCUAUGAGAACAUCUGGUAUGUGGUUACUGUACUGUUUCAAACUAAAUUUUGGUUUCUUUAUGCUGUUUUUUUAUGUUUCUGGUCAUGAAAUUAGACCAUUUAGC